AUGUGGAAAGUUUUUGGAUCAGAACAGUUACCUCUCUUGAAAAGUAACACCAAGGCCUCUGCAAUUGUAAAAUGGAAGAAAAAUCUAAAAAUAAACAAUUGUCAUUGUUUAUUAUUUGAACAAAAUGAUGAUGGUGUGUUCUGGAUCUCUAUAAUAGCAAGGUUUGCAUUUUUGGAAGUUAUAGUUCCUAAUCUAACGAAUGAACAUUGCGCCUUUGCACUCACAAAUGAUUUUAAUAACGAUAGACCCUCUUAUAAUUCACCAGAAAUGAUUAUGGAUGAAGCAGAGGGUAGUUCUAGGGCUCUUCUUUUGCAAGAAGAUAUGGAUGAAUUGUUUG